CGUUACGCAAAUCGGCAACAAAUCCGCAAAGCAAAGUGUACUCCUACGCAGCUGAUGACCAUCGUUGUCAGUUGACGGGCGGGGGUAAAAUUGAAAAGUGCAAGUACGUCCGGCAACGUGUAGAAUGUCCAUGAAAGUGGUGGCGAGCGCAAAUCAUGUGUUCCUGUCGCGAAACCUGGCUCAAUACCACCGAAAUCCGUUGCUCUACUCAACGUAUCGCGGGCUUUUCGAUUUUACUCCCAUCACGAGGACACGGCGCGAAUUCACGCAGAAGAAACUAGUAGGAUAUUCAAUGCACCAGCUGUACUCGGUAGUAGCGGACGUCGAUAAGUACAACACGUUUGUGCCGUUUUGCAAAAAAUCCUUCGUGUACGAUCGUAAACCUGGCAGAUCACUGAAGGCAGAUCUCAUUAUUGGGUUUCCGCCGCUGAACGAAAGCUACACCUCGACCGUAACGCUAAAGGCUCCGACUCUCGUGCGGGCCGAAUGCGUCGACGGGCGGUUAUUUAACUAUCUGCUGACGGCGUGGCAAUUUAGCCCGGGCCUAAAGGAUAUUCCGCAAUCUUGUGUGAUUGAUUUCAUGGUUUCGUUCGAGUUCAAGUCGCUCCUGCACUCGCAGCUGUCGAACCUCUUCUUCGACCAGCUCGUGAAGCAAAUGGAGUACGCCUUCAUACAGGAAGCCGAACAGCGUUACGGUACCCCGGCCAUCAAGAGCCACGUGCUCGUAUCGAACAAGUCCUAGCCCAAGCUAAGGGCUCGUCCAAAUGCGAAAGACGAGCAAAACCCAGAUUAGAUAGCAAACAAACGAUUAUUCGCCGAAAUGCCGGAAGGGCAACAUUGGACAAAUCAAUCAUCGAGGGUUUUUUUUUUGCUAGGAACCUUUUAUUCUACUCACUAACAUUCAAUAGCACUACGAGGAGCGACCCAUUGUAACACAAAUGUCUAUAUAUAUUGUAGAAUCCUUCUUUUUUGUUGUUUGUUAAUCGAAUGCAUGGUUUAGUCAAUUAUCUCCUUUUGUAAAUAUUUGUUAAUUAAUGCCAAUAAUGAACCGUUCGAUAGGCAAAGUCAUGGAAAUGGGGUCAACCUUUUCGGACGAAACCCCGGACGAAUAAAAUGAAAGGUUGUUUGACUGAAACUGGAAUUCUCUGCAAUGUAAAUUUUUGUUGUUAAAAAACCAACACGACUUCCUUUGCACGAAACGAACGCCAUUUGGGAACUCCUGGAAACAUUUUAACCCCAUUUUAAUGCCAUCUCGCACCGAAUGCCACGAAACAUGGCUGGCAAGGACAAGUCCAGUUUGUCUCAUGAAUAAAAAUGAUUAACAAACCACUGCAGAUGCUCUCCCCCGUUUAAGUGCGCCGCGGUAAGGUCAUAAUAACUAAUGGUUAGAACGGUCGGCCUUCCGAGUCCGUUAUGAUAAUAAAACAAAUGCUUACCACAAAUUCUUACCACCUUCCAGCCAGAAUCGUUAAUUGUUUGCCCUUACACAAUGUUGUCUCAUGUCUAACCUUUUAACCAAAAAGGGCGUUCACGUUUCCUAUAAUUGUCGGCCAGUUAAAGCUAUACACUAGUGACCCCUGCUUGCAAGUCAAAAUGGUCCGAUAACAAACUAGAGUGGAGCAUUCCAUGCAUCAUAAAUCAUUCUCGUUAGGCCCCUAUUGACGGCGUCCGCAACGUACAUUCCGUUAGUGUUGGUGGUCACCGUUUAAAGUAUCGUGACGCAAAACACAAAUCUGCUCACACCUUUGGAGUACACGCCCGGGCCCAAAGGUCCCCAGCAAGUCACCACCCAUAUCCUUGACAGCUUGACGAACGAGCUUUAAUCAAUAACCAUAAAAAAUACGACAGAGGGUCCUUCUCUGACCCAGGUUUUUCCCCGCUUUUCCGUGAACGAAACCUUGAAUGAAUGAAACAAUAAAAAGUAAAACCUAGCCCCCUUCUAGCUAUGGGGCCUGCGGGAGUCUAAUAGUGGACGAUGGAAUGACUUUGAAUAUUGAACAUGAACUUAUGAAGUCCACCAUCACAUUGUGGGUAGAAAAUAGAUGACCAGCGGGAAUCAGGUUGGUUCAAAGAUCAAGGUUAAUUGCAUGCAUUUGCAUGCGAAAUCUACAGUAUGCAAAUUCCUGUUCCUUUCGGUCAGGGAGUACGAACCCCGUCGGAGGAAAUGUCGGCCAUG